CACUUUUCUGUUCACUCAUUUACUUCUCAGAGAAGGCAGGCAGACGUUUUUCGUCAUUAAUGGGGUUGAAUCAUUCAGUGGUGACCAAUUGAGAGACAAGAAACUGAUUCAUCAUUAAGCACUUGUCCUUCAGUUCAGAGUGAAACGAAACUCAACCGUAGAGCAUUGAGAAGCCGGUGUUUCUGAGACUACAAGAAGGUCCACUAUACAAGUUCCAUCACAGCUCAUCCAAUGACACAAGCUGUCCAGCUUGGGCCGUUCAAUAUCUAAAGAAUGAGAAAAAGGACCAGGAAGAAGUCAUAAUGGAGGUUCUAUGGUGUCUCUAUGUCAUCCUGCUCCUCCCCCUACUAACCUGCUCCAGCCAACCACAGUCCUUUCUGCAGUGUGUCAAUGACUUCAUCAGUAACAUCACAUGUGUGUUGAACAACACAUGCGUGCCCCCAGACAUGCCAUGCACACUGCAUGGUGAAUAUGCCGGGAUUAAAAGGCAAUGUGAGAUGAAGUCCUUGGGCGGUUCCAACACUUUGAGAGGCGGCAGUCUGGUCUUUGAGGGCAAUCCUUUCUUUUGGGACGAUGAUAAAAUACCCAUUGAUGUACGGUGUGGACAAGCAGAAGAUUAUGUGAUACAUAUUAACUACCUGUAUCAACCAUUUAACCACAUUAAAAUGCAUCCCCCUGGCAAGCCGACCGUCACCAACGCCUCAGUCGCCUGGACACCAGGAGCUCCCAUUUCAGAAAUGAUAUUCAACUAUGACUUCCAACUACAGUGGAAACAGGAACUACAUCACUGGGAGGAUGCUGUGGAGGUGAACAUAUCAAACAAACAGACGUAUUUUGACCUGGACCCUGACAUGCUGGAGAGAGGAAGGAGGUACCAGGUCAGAGUCAGGGUUCGAGUCGUCCCAAACAAUUACUCAGACUGUCAGUGGAGCGACUGGAGCCCCAGUGCAUCAUGGGUCUCCACUCUGGGCCAGAUGAAGCCAACAGGUAGUCCUGAUGUUCUAGACCAGGACUUUGUGGUGGUCACCGUGGUGGGAGCUGUUGUUGUACUGGUCCUGCUGGUCUCCAUGUUGCUCUGCAAAGGAAAUGCUGACAGGGUCAAGAAGAUUCUGAAUCCUCCUAUACCAGAUCCCUCCACGUACUUUGAGGGCCUCAAACUCCAUCAUGAUGGAAACUUCAAGGCUUGGCUGGGUCCUUUGUUCGCCCUUGAAUCCAUCAACUCUGCAUUGCACCGUGAAGACAUCUCCCAGGUAGAGAUCACCGACAGCCUGGACAACGUCACCCCCUUGAGGACGGCACCACCACAGGAGAAGAGAUGGGACAACAGUGGCCACUCCUCCUGCUCCGGCUUCUCCAACUUCAGCUACUUCUUAUCUCAAUGCUCCCAGCCUGGAUCCACCUCCACCAAGCUGGUACCCUGCUCUGUACACUCCCCUUACGGACCAGUAGGUGGCACUACUGAAGAGAUAGAAGAGUGGAACGAGGAGAACAGAGGAGAAAGGAUGGACAGUAAUAGAGGUGUAGGGGGGAAGGACGGAGAUAUCAGGGGUGGAGGGAAAGAUGGAGAGAUGGGGGGUGGAGGGAAGGAGGGAGAGAUGGGUGGUGGAGGUGUACUUGAAGGCAUCAGUGCAGGUGAAGAUAUCCUCCAGGUUUCUUCUUACGGGCGUGUUGAGAAGCUCCAGGCCGAGCGUCGGGCCCUCAUAAGCCCAGAUUCAGGCAUCGGCAGUGGGGGAGAGGAUCAGGAAAGUCAGGAGAGCGUGGAGGAUGCGGUUGGGCCUAUUGCAGCCACCCCCCAUUUUGUCUCUCAGGAUGUCAAUUUUGUUCCGCUUCUUCCUCUUAUCAAUAACAAUAACUUUCCAUUCUGCUCCACCCCCUUACCCAUUUCCCUGUCUGCUUUCCCCCAGCUUCCCUUCACCCUACCUGGGUUGGAUAGUGUAGGGGGAAAGGGUACAGAGAUGGAGGUUGGAGGAGGUUCUCUCACAAUGUCUUCCUCCUAUGAACGUGUGGAUAAUCUCCAGCUCCAGACCCAACGCCGUGCCCCUCAGAGCCCAGAUUCAGGCAUUGGCAGUGGGGGAGAGGAUCAGGAAAGUCAGGAGAGCGUGGAGGAUGCGGUCGGGCCUACUGUGACCGCCUGUAACCAUAUCCCUCUUAUUACCACUAACAAUAUAUUUCCAUUUUGUUCCACCCCCUUACCUAUUCCACUGACCGGUUUACACUUCCCCUUCUCUGGGUUGGGAUUGGCUCCAUCCCUGGGUAUGAGUACCAGUCAUCCAUGCAGGCUGAUCGAGGAGAUGUCUCUCAUGUCUUCUUCAAUGGCUAUAGAGCCCUCUAGUGGCGACUACAUGCCAGUGAAAGAAGCUCAGAGCUGAGCUUUGAAAACAUUUUUACCAAGGUCUAGGUUUGGAAAAGUCUUGUAAUUUUCCCCAAAUUCCCUGGUUAUCCAGAAAUCCUGGUUGGAGGAAUCCGGAAUUCCUGCUCAUUCCAUCCUGAUUCCGGUAAACUUCCAACCAGGAUUGAGAAAGUUACUAGAAUAUGGGGGGGUCAAAAGUUUUAGAACACCUACUCAUUCAAGGGUUUUUCUUUAUUUUUCAUAUUUUUGACAUUGCGGAAUAAUAGUGAGUACAUCAAAACUAUGAACAACACAUAUGGAAUCAUGUAGUAACCAAAAAAGGG